AAAAAACAUCCUCUGCUUCAAAACUUUCCAUUUCCCAAACUCACAAGAAGCUGAAAGAGUCUUUGAGAACAAGGAAAGGAAGGAACAAAAACAAUGGUUGUAUUUCCAGUUUUGUUCCUGUUGGGGUCACUGAUUCUCUGUGGUCGUGGGGAAACUGACUCCUCCACGAUCGACUCUUUGAGACAGGCCGCACUCAGCUAUCAGGGAAAGCUGGAGUGUGGCAACUGGGACUGCGACUGCAUUUUCAAACAGGAGCGUGGCUGCUGCUGUGGAGCGAAUGACUUAUACCAACUAGAGGACAAAACCUUCAUAAGGAUUAUGAAUUUGUGGGAAGAUCUCGCCACACUAAAUAGCAAAGUAAAGUCAGUCACAGGCAACCUCAAGAUUGCCUUCAAAGCAUUUCUAAAUAUCACCCUCCCAAUGCCUGGAUAUACGGACAGAUGCUUUGGUCCUUUCAACACUAAUGUGCCGAUCCCCUUUGAUUCUGUCACUCUGAAUGAUGGCAUGGGAUAUAACCCAUCCUUGGGUGCCUUCACCGCCCCAUGUGCUGGUGUUUACGCCUUUUCCUUCACAAUCUACUCGUCUGUGGGAGAGGACGGACGCCUCUAUCACAAAGUCCAGCUGCUUCAGAACAACGGUGUAAUAGUCAGUGUGUGGGAGGACAAUCGAGAGGAUGGUGAAGACAGUGCAAGUCAGGUUGUGGUGCUGCAGUUGAAGAAAGGCGAUCAGGUCUACCUGGCGUUAACGUCCGGGAGGAAGCUCUGUGCAAACCAGGGGUACAACAGCUUUACUGGUUACAUGUUAUACCCUCUCAACAGUGCGUAAUAAACCAGUUGGAGAUCCAGGUUUCUGAACCUUCAUCACUCCAGGACCUUAAACAAACCCUUUUAUACUUGCUAAACUGAGAUGAACAAUCCCAGUGGUCACAGGUUGAACCCCAAGCCCCCUAUCCACUGCAGUAAUUAAACACAGGCUGAGUCGUACAUACAUAAAGUAGAAUCAUGCAUUUAUGAUCAAAUGCAAAGAAAGGAACGUAUAUAUUUUUUGCAGUGCAUUAGAAAAGCAGAAACAUCAAAGUCACACGAUUGGAAAUGUUUGCAACUUUAAAAAAUAUGUGCUUGUGAAUAAAGAACUACAACUCCGAA